AUGGUAAUCGUGUAUUCGGUGACCUCGCUGGGAUUUCCCAUUCCCAAACCUGAGCUGAUUGCCCUGCUGGAACGAGGGGAAGAGCCAUGGGUCCCGGAUCUCCAGGCCUCUGAGAAAAAGGAGGUCACCCACACAGUCACCCACACAGGUGAUGAGACCCUGAGUGAGAACAAGGAGGUGAAUUGGCAGGUGGAACCAGAGAGGACCUUUUUGAGAGGAGCUGAAGGGAAUUUUUCCCAGUGCUUGGAACAAGGAGAAGCCUGGGGAAAUCGGAGUGGGUCAGAGAGGCAGCUGGGAAACCAGCCAAGGAAGAAGGUGGAUGAAUCCAUUCAAGGUGGGGGAGGAUGCACUGAUCCCAAGGAAACCACCACCGAGCAAACAAAUCCCAAGGACGAGAAACCCUACAAAUGCCUCGACUGUGGGAAAAGCUUCAGUGUAAGAACCAACCUUAUUACGCACUGGAAAAACCACACGGGAGAGAAGCCCUAUAAAUGCUUGGACUGUGGGAAAAGUUUCCGUCAGAGCUCACACCUUAUUACCCAUCAGAGACUGCACACGGGAGAGAGACCGUAUAAAUGCCUAGAGUGCAAGAAAAGUUUCAACGUGAGGUCGGCCCUUAUUGCGCAUCAGAGAACGCACACGGGAGAGAAACCCUAUAAGUGCCUGGACUGUGGGAAAAGCUUCAAUGUGAGAUCAGCUGUUAUUAGACAUCAGAGAAUCCACACGGGAGAGAAACCGUAUAAAUGCCUGGACUGUGGGAAAAGCUUCAGUCAGAGCUCCAGCCUCACUAAACAUCGGAGAACCCACACGGGUGAGCGACCCUAUAACUGCCUCGUGUGUGGGAAAAGUUUUAGCGACAGCUCGUCCCUUAUUAAACAUGGGAGAACCCACACGGGAGAGAGACCCUAUAAAUGCCUGGACUGUGGGAAAUGUUUCAAUCUGCGAUCAGCUCUUCUUGCACAUCAAAGAACCCACACGGGAGAGAAGCCCCAUAAAUGCCUGGACUGUGGGAAAAGCUUCAGUCAGAGCUCAAAUCUUGUUACGCAUCAGAGAACCCACACAGGGGAUAAACCCUAUAAAUGCCUCCACUGUGGGAAACGGUUUAACGUCAGUUCAGCCGUUAUUACGCAUCAGAGAAUCCACACGGGAGAGAAACCCUAUAAAUGCCUGGACUGUGGGAAAAGCUUCAGUCACAGCUCAAACCUCACUAAACAUCAGGGAAUUCAUGAGGGAGAGAGAGCCUAUAAGUGGGACAUGUUUCAAUAGGAAGUGAACCCUUAAUACUUAUCAGGAGGCCCCAGCGUGGGAGAGAGACCUCAGAAGUGUCUCUGUUGAGGGAAAAGUUACAUUGUUCUGCAUCAGACAAGCCACAAAACAGAGAAACCCCAUAAAUGCUUGGACUGUGAGAAAAGCUUCAGUAACAGCUCAGGCCUUACUUAAUACUGGAGAACCCACAUGAGAGAGAAAAACCUUGAAUGUGGGGCAGGCUUCGCUUGGUAUCUGGCAGCAGCAGAUCUGUGCAGGGAAGAAACUGCUGAGAUGUCCUUAGCAAGGAAAAUGCUCCAAGUGGGAGAAAUUCUCUGAGUGCCCUGACUGGGGCAGGCCAGGGUGACAAACCCGUUUCCUUGUUCCCACACACCUCAGGGGCAUUUGGCUCCCAAGGAUCCAGCUGCCCAGUGCUGGGGUGAGGAUUCAGCAGCAGCCAAGCAGCAGCUGGUCAGGGACCCUCUGGCUCUGCCUGGUCUAAGCAAACCCCGGGCAGAGGAGGAGAAAUCCCGGUCAGCCUCUCCUCCCUGCUGCAGCCCUGGCUGCUGAACUGAUGGACCAAAGAGGG